UCGACUCUGGCUUAGAGAGCAACCCAGCAAUCGAGAGAAGACCUGAAUUCGCACGUAAUAACACUCGAGACACGAAACAGCUGAUGCGUCACAGAGGUACAUAAACGCAUGUCGAAUUAGGGAAGGAUUCAGUGUGCGUAUGUCUCCUUCCCUUGCAAGACGUGUGGCGUGUUUACAUCGUGGUCUCCAACAUGGCUGCCAAGGGCGUAACGUUCAUCCUCUUCGUCUUGUGCUCCUGUGGCCUCGGCGUCGAAACUGAAGCGGAAAAAGGAAGUGAAGGAAAGUACGUGAGCGACAGCCAACUCUUCACCCUUGGCACCGUUAAAAUCAGCAACCUCAUCAUGCUUGGUCUCGGCGCUCUCCUGGUACUGGCACUGCUGGCUGUCUUCUCCAAUACCCCUCGUGUCGCUCGCUACGACCAGCCCGCGUACGCAAGGGAAUCCGCGGCUUUUGAACGGAGCCAAAAUGUGCACAGCAGCUUGGAAGAAGCUCAGAAGAAAUACCAGUAAAUCGACAAUCUCUUUACGCCCGUUUUCUGUUGCGUGUCAUUUAUCGGAGUUUAUCUAAGUUAUUGUGUAUAUUUAGGAGAAGAGAGUACUUUUUAAAAAAUAAAUAAGUGUUCUG